AUGGUUCUCUGUCUUCUAUAUUUCCUCUCUCUCUCUCUUUUAUCCAUCCACUUUGGUAUUGCUCUUAUUGACAUAUCUACAACUCUGUCCUGUGCGGUUCAGGUUCUGCUUGCUGCAGUGAAGGGUUCCAACAAUAAAAACUUCAUCUUUGCUGCUGGAGGAGGUAAGGCUGGGGAUCAUCAGGAAGAGUUGAGAUCAGUUCCAUCAGGACCAGACCCUUUGCACCAUAACGGUGGUAGCCCCAAGAAGCCCAGACCUUCUUCCCCUUGA